GUCUAUUUGUUGAAAAAAAUACAUGUGAAAUACUUUUUGUCUAUUCCAUCCAAUGAGGUUUGUUUCAACUUUCAUUUAAUAAUUUACAUUGAGAUUCUUAAGAUCUCACAUCCAUUUACACAAUUAACUAGCAAAAUCUAGAUGUAAAAGAAGAAAACAGAAGUGUGAGUAAUCAAAGGACAGAGAGAAAAAGAGGAACAUAGAGUGUCAUGAAAUUGUACUUGCCUUUAGGGUUUGAUCCACAUGUAAAGGAGUGAAAACCCCUGCAGCUCAAUUGUUCUUUAACUCACUUCUCUUCCAAAAUUCACUCACAUUCCUCCUUCUGUCCUUCAUUCUUUUUUUUUUUCCUCCAAAAAAAGGUACCAUUUUUUACAAUUCAGUUAUGUACUUUGAUCCUUUAGAUGAUGUGUUUGUAUGUAAGCAUUUUCAAGAUUAUUAGUUCAUCUGGGGUUUAGAAUUCUUGAUUUGAAUUCUCAUGAUGCAUGAAUAUGGAUUUUGAUUCCAGAGGAGUUGUUGUAUACUUAUGUACAUUUGCUGUAAUUCUUGUAAAUGUGGUUUUUUGUGUUACAAAUCCGAAUGAUUUCAAGAUUCUGAAUGAUUUCAGAAAUGGAUUAGAGAAUCCUGAGCUCUUGAAAUGGCCAUCUAAGGGGAAUGAUCCAUGUGGCCCUCCUGCAUGGCCCCACGUGUUCUGUUCUAGUGACAGAGUGACUCAAAUUCAGGUUCAGAGUUUAGGUUUAAAGGGUCCUUUACCUCAGAACUUGAAUGAAUUAGAUAAGCUUCAAAAUGUUGGCCUUCAGAAGAAUGGUUUUAAUGGUAAAUUACCUACUUUUAGUGGAUUAUCUGAGUUGAAAUAUGCUUAUUUGGAUUGGAAUCAAUUUGAUACAAUCCCUGCAGAUUUCUUUAAUGGUCUUAGCAGUGUUCAAGUUUUGGCUUUGGAUAAUAAUCCCUUUAAUAAAACUGGAUGGUCUAUUCCAAUUGAGUUGCAAGAUUCAGCUCAGCUCAGAGAUUUUUCUUGCACGUCUUGCAAUAUAGUUGGACCAUUGCCUGAUUUUUUCGGAAAAUUGCCUUCUCUUACUACUUUAAAGUUGGCAUAUAAUAGCUUAACAGGUGAGAUACCGGAGAGUUUUCGUGAUUCAAUGAUUCAGAUUUUGUGGUUGAAUAAUCCAGUUAAUGGUGGUGGAAUGACUGGUCCAAUUGACAUAAUUGGUACUAUGGACGAGCUUACGUCGUUAUGGCUUCAGGGAAACAGUUUUAAUGGAUCUAUUCCUGAUACGAUUGGUGAUUUGGCUUCUUUGAAGCAUCUUAAUCUUAAUGGAAAUAAGCUCGUUGGUUUGAUUCCGGAAGGAUUGGCGAAUCUAGACUUGGAAGACUUAGACUUGAACAAUAAUAUGCUCAUGGGUCCUAUCCCAAAGUUUAGAGCUGCUAAUGCUACAUAUUCCUCAAAUUCUUUUUGUCAAUCAACUCCUGGUGUUCCUUGUGCUCCUCAAGUUAAUGCACUUUUAGAUCUUCUUGGUGGUUGGAAUUAUCCGUCCCAGCUUGCUUCUAAAUGGACUGGUAAUGAUCCGUGUGCAGGUUCGUGGUUUGGAAUCAGUUGCAAUCCUAAAGGUCAUGUUACGAUUGUUAAUCUACAGAAAAAGAACCUUACAGGUACGCUUAGUCCUUCACUUGCAAACUUGGAUUCACUGCUUGAAGUUCACUUGGAAGGAAAUAGUCUGCACGGUCCAAUUCCAACAAACUUGACGCAGCUCCGAUUUUUGAGAUUGUUGGAUUUAAGUGGGAAUAAUUUUGACCCUCCAUUGCCUAAAUUCAGGGAUGGUGUGAAAGUCAUUACAGAUGGAAAUGCUCAUCUUGUUGCUAAUGUAACUGUGGGCGCUCCUCCUCCGAGUAUUGGCCCAUUUCCUCCAUUGAGACAUAGUCCUAAACCAAGUAAGGGGUUACCACUGAAAAACCCCUCGCCUAGUGAUAAUCGGCCAACAUUAUCAGAUACACCACCUUCCCCAGAGAUAAGGUCGGGAUCAGGCUCAGACUCAAACAAUAAGAAAACCGUUAUCAUUGUAAUUGUGAGUGCAGCUUCUGCGGCCUUAAUUCUUCUUGCGGUUGUUUUAACUUUCAAGAGUAGGAAAAAACCAAAGAAGGCCGCUGGUACUACUGUCAUCCACCCAAAAGACCCAUUCAACAAAGAUGACAUUGUUAAGAUCACGGUCUUAGAAGAUCCUAUGAUGUACACUGCACAGAGUGGUACUACAACUACAAGUAGUGGUGGAACAGAAGGUACACAAGUGAUCGAUGGAAACCUUGCCAUUUCAACCCAGGUCCUCCGAAAGGUAACCAGUAAUUUUGCACCAGAAAAUGAGCUUGGUCGUGGGGGCUUUGGAGUUGUUUACAAAGGUGAACUUGAACAUGGAACUCAUAUUGCAGUGAAGAGAAUGGAAUCUGCGAUUAUCAAUAGCAAGGCGUUGGAUGAAUUUCAGGCGGAAAUAGCUGUGCUUUCUAAGGUUAGGCACCGCCAUUUAGUUUCACUUUUGGGAUACUCUAUUGAAGGAAAUGAGAGGCUUUUGGUAUAUGAAUAUAUGUCAAAGGGCGCUCUGAGUAGACAUCUUUUCCGCUGGAAGAGCCUGAACUUAGAGCCUUUAUCAUGGGCUAAGAGACUCAAUAUUGCUCUAGAUGUUGCUCGAGGGAUGGAGUACCUUCAUAAUCUGGCACACCAGAGCUUCAUACAUCGUGACCUCAAAUCAUCAAACAUUCUUCUAGAUGAUGGUUUUAGAGCAAAAGUUUCUGAUUUUGGAUUAGUGAAACUUGCCCCUGACAAAGAAAGGUCUGUUGCUACAAGGCUUGCUGGAACAUUUGGAUACCUUGCUCCUGAAUAUGCUGUAACCGGAAAAGUCACAACUAAAAUAGAUGUAUUCAGCUUUGGGGUGGUGUUGAUGGAACUUGUGACUGGACUAGCCGCCCUUGAUGAGCAACGUUCUGAGGAAACUCGAUAUCUAGUUGAGUGGUUUUGGCAGAUAAAAUCGAAUAAAGGAAAUCUCAUUGCUUCAGUUGACCCAGCUCUUGAUGCGAAGGAAGAUAUCCAUGAGAGCAUUUGCACUAUGGCUGAAUUAGCCGGACAUUGCACCGCCAGAGAUCCUAAUCAUAGGCCUGACAUGUCACACGUAGUGAAUGUGCUUGGCCAACUUGUUGAGACUUGGAAACCUUUUGAAGAAUCGGAUGAAUAUGAAGGAAUUGACUACUCUCUACCUCUGCCAGAAAUGUUGAAGGACUGGCAGCAUGAAGACACUGGAGAUUUCACCGGUACUAGUCAGGAUAGUCGAGGAAGCAUUCCUGCCAAACCAACUGGAUUUGCGGAUUCAUUUACCUCAAACGAUGCUCGAUAGGUGAACUUGGUUCUGAGCUACAAAAGUCAUUGCUAUUGGUUUUGCUUGAAUUUUCAGCAUCAAAUUUGCUUUCUGCUUGUGAAAUAACUUAUGGAGCAUUGCGUCCGGUCAAUGGUGAAUAUACAGAUACUGAGUUGCCAUGAAUGAAUGAUCAAGUGAUCAAACUGGUGUCAUCCAGAUACAGAGCAAAAACUUGAGAAAUCCUUUGGUUUUUAAUGUUGCUUAUAGAGUUGUUUUGUUUUAAAUGCUGCUUAUUUUUAAGUUAUAUUUAGAAUAGCUUGGUUCAAACUGUUGUAUAAGUUAUUUACAUGAUACUGUUGACAGUCUUUUGUGUUUUCUGAGGGUAAGCUAUUGGAAACAUAUGUGCAUGCAUUUUAAGGAGAGUGAUGCUCAAAGUAAUUAUAAUCAAA